GUUGCGCAGCAUUAGCCGCUGAGACAACGCGGCGACGUCACCGAAUGUGACAGGAAGGAACAGGAAGUGCUUAGUUGCCAGCAGUCAGCUGAUAGAGAAACGACAUCAGCUACAGGUUCCACGGUCGAAGAUGGCCUACCCGAAAUCCCACAACCCGUUUGCGGACGAUGAGGAGGACGAUUUCAGGCCCAAAAGAAGGGAGUUUGAGGACGCGCCCGGCGACAGUGAGAUGAGCGAACCGGAGAGAAGGCAGCGGUAUCUCCAGCAGGAAGUGAUGCGCACUGCUCAGUCUGCUGUGGACAGCAGUCACCGUUCCAUCGGACUCAUUUAUCAAUCAGAGAAGAUUGGUGUGGAAACUGCAGAGGAGCUGGUUAGACAGGGGGAGGUUUUGAAGAGGGCCGACAAGAUGAUGGACAACAUGGAUCAGGACCUGAAGACCAGCCAGAAGCACAUUAACGGCAUCAAGAGCGUGUGGGGCGGCCUCGUCAACUACUUCAAGGGCAAGCCAGAGACGAAGCCCCCACCCGAGGAGCCAAAGGCCUACCAGGCCAACGACCGAUUACAGACUGCCGUUUCCAGCAGCAGAGGAAACGAAGAGAAGUACGAAGCCAGCCACCCCAACUUAAGAAAGCUGGAGACGGGAGGAUUCGGAGCGUCUGCGUCAAUAGAUGACGACUCAUCUGGCAACAAAGGAUACCCUCAGAACAGACACCUCAGGGAGGCUCACCAGACCCUCGACAACAAUCUGGAUGAGAUGUGCAACGGCUUGAGCAGACUGAAGAACCUCGGCCUUGGCCUCCAGUCCGAGAUCGAGGACCAGGACAACUCCAUUGAUUCUCUGAUGAACAAAGUGGACAAGAUGGAUCUUAAGAUCCACAAUACGAACCAACAGAUUAAAAACCUCAAAUAAAACCACUGCUUGGCCCCUUGGGGGACGUGGGAUGGAGGACGUCGUUUCAACACGGCUCUCCACCCCAGACUGUGCUCAAUGAACUCUGUGUUCUGUUACUGCUGGUUUGAGAUAUUUUGAUCCCUUUUUUCCUCUGGGGGACUCAGUCAUUUCCGUGUCAGCUUUGUCCACAACAUUUUCCUUCUAGUCGGUUUUAUUUUCCGACAAGUUGAUUUAACAAAUCCUUGCAAAUCAAAGAAACUGAUUUAUUAACUUGUGUGUAUUCAGUGUUCAAUGUACUGUUCUUUUUUUAAUUCCCUCUGAAACUUCACUGGCGAUUAGUUUGAUCCGUUUUUCUCAAUCACCAAAUCAGAUGAAUGCUUUGACAAAUGAAGGGUGUGCGUGUGUUUGUGUGCGUCCUGGACUCCCCAUAUGUACCAAACACUUGCACGUCACUUUCUGCCUUACAUGAAUAUGUUCAGUACACUAAUAAUUGUCUUCAUCUAACCAUGAGAUGCUUCCCUUUGUUUGUAUAUGAUUGGUGUUCCUCCCCCCUAGCUUUAUAUACCUUGUUUUACAGGGAUGAACAUUGUGUUGAAUUCUGCAGAAUGUGAAGGAGUUAGUUGUGAAAAGUACUCUUCUCUGGGACAUGUUUAGACCUAGAUAGACCACUUUGAAGUUGUUUUUUAAAACAAAAACAAGUCCAUUGCAAGAGAACUAUUGUCACAUGUAUAUCAUGUAGUCUAUAAUUGAAGCCACAUACCCAAUAAAACAUUUAGAAGGAG